GUAUUGAAAUUUGAAAUUUAUAUUUUGUGCUGUAAUAUAGUAAAUUUUUAUUAUGUAAUUUUUUAUAAUCAUAUUCAAUACUGAAUAUUAAAAAAUUCAAAAUUCAAAUUGUACCUAGUUAGGAGACGUUUUAACUUAAUAUUUUGUUUCUGUAUAAUUUUUAAAAAUGAUUAAGCCCAAGAAAAAUAAUAACCCGUCGAAAAACCAAGCUGAUGAUAACGACAAUGCUUCUCAUCUUAAAAACAACUGUAAAUAUGUGCCUAAACCUACUUUGUAUUCAUCUAUCGUUCAAACAGAGUCAAAGUUAAGGAAUAUUACACUUUCUCAUUUGGAGCCCAAACCAAAUACGAUCAAAAGAGGAGUCAGGCAGGUGAAUUUUCCAUUGACCGAACAUGUGUUCGACUAUAAUAAUAUGGUGAAUGUCGGAUUAAAUAGCAAUUUAAAUACUGUACCAAAACCCAAGCCUAGGGAACCACAUUCAACAAAAAAUCCAGAACCCAAGUUAAGUGAUUAUUACAGACCAAGUUUUGAUAAUGUCCAACGGAUACAAAUGAAUAACAUAAAAACUAAUCCAGAAUUAACAGUACAGUAUGAUGGUUUAGCAGUGUCGAGAUUACUAAAUGAAAUUGAUGAUUUAAUCUUUAGAUAAACAAUUGGUAGUAAAAGAAAAUAAGACUUCCUUUUUGUUGUUAAUUUUAACUUUGUGAUAUUUUUGAAAGUGAUAAAAUUAUUAUUUAAUUUAAUUGCUAUUUAAAAUAAUUCUUUGAAUAUUAAUAAGACCCCUUUAGAUUUUAUUAAUUG